GUAACAUUGUAUCCCUUGGGAGGCACUGAGCUCCGUCGUCUGGUUUCCGGCGGUCGCGCGCUCUUUUCUCGGGACGGUAGAGGCCGUGCAGCGUCGCUGUUACUUUGAGCAGAGAACUGUCGGUAGGGGAAGGCGAGUUUAGAGAGGACUGGGAGGCACUUUGUUGUAUUCAAUUGAAGUGAAGGGUCAAGUGGAGAUCUCAUAGAGACCACAUCUGUAACACAGUUGCACUGAAACAGGUGCAAAAAUGCAGAGCAAUAAGACUUUUAACUUGGAAAAGCAGAACCAUACUCCAAGGAAGCACCAUCAACACCACCACCAGCCACACCACCAGCAGCAGCAGCAGCAGCCACCACCACCCCCAAUACCUGCAAAUGGGCAGCAGGCCAGCAGCCAAAAUGAAGGCUUGACUAUUGACCUGAAGAAUUUUAGGAAACCAGGAGAGAAGACCUUCACCCAACGUAGCCGUCUGUUUGUGGGCAAUCUUCCCCCUGACAUCACUGAGGAGGAAAUGAGGAAACUAUUUGAGAAAUAUGGGAAGGCAGGGGAAGUUUUCAUUCACAAGGAUAAAGGCUUUGGCUUUAUUCGCUUGGAAACAAGAACCCUAGCAGAAAUUGCUAAAGUGGAGCUAGACAAUAUGCCGCUCCGUGGAAAGCAGCUGCGUGUGCGCUUUGCCUGCCAUAGCGCAUCCCUUACAGUUCGCAAUCUUCCUCAGUACGUGUCCAACGAACUGUUGGAAGAAGCCUUUUCUGUGUUUGGCCAGGUUGAAAGGGCUGUUGUUAUUGUGGAUGACCGAGGAAGGCCCUCAGGCAAAGGCAUUGUUGAGUUCUCAGGGAAGCCAGCUGCUCGGAAAGCUCUUGACAGAUGCAGUGAAGGCUCCUUCCUGCUAACCACAUUUCCUCGCCCUGUGACUGUGGAGCCCAUGGACCAGCUAGAUGAUGAAGAGGGACUUCCAGAGAAACUGGUUAUUAAAAACCAACAAUUUCACAAGGAGCGAGAGCAGCCACCCAGAUUUGCACAGCCUGGCUCCUUUGAGUAUGAGUAUGCCAUGCGCUGGAAAGCACUCAUUGAGAUGGAGAAGCAGCAGCAGGAUCAGGUGGACCGUAACAUCAAGGAAGCUCGUGAGAAGCUGGAAAUGGAGAUGGAAGCAGCUCGCCAUGAGCACCAGGUCAUGCUAAUGAGGCAGGACUUGAUGAGGCGCCAAGAAGAACUUAGGAGAAUGGAAGAGCUGCAUAACCAAGAAGUUCAGAAGCGAAAGCAGCUGGAACUCAGGCAGGAGGAGGAGCGCAGGCGCCGUGAGGAAGAAAUGCGACGGCAACAAGAAGAAAUGAUGCGACGACAGCAGGAAGGAUUCAAGGGAACCUUCCCUGAUGCGAGAGAGCAAGAGAUACGGAUGGGCCAAAUGGCUAUGGGAGGUGCUAUGGGAAUAAACAAUAGAGGCGCUAUGCCUCCUGCUCCUGUGCCAACUGGUACUCCAGCUCCUCCAGGACCUGCCACUAUGAUGCCGGAUGGAACCUUGGGAUUGACUCCACCAACAACUGAACGUUUUGGCCAAGCUGCUACAAUGGAAGGAAUUGGGGCAAUUGGUGGAACUCCUCCUGCAUUCAACCGUGCAGCUCCUGGAACCGAAUUUGCUCCAAACAAACGUCGCAGAUACUAAUAAAGUUGCAGUGUCUAGAUUCCCACACCCUUAAAAGAAGGACCCUUUUUGGACUAGCCAGAAUUCUACCCUGGAAAAAUGUUAGGGAUUCCUCCCAAUAGAUAGGUCUUCCCUGCCUGUAUUACUCUAGGGAGUAUGCUUGGAGGCAGAGGGCAAGGGAGGGUGGUAUGUAACAAACCAAGAUCUGUGUGGUGUACUAUACUGUUCAAUCAAUUCUGUGUGGUGCAUUCCUGAAGUUUUGUGAUUGUUGAGGAGCUGGGGAACCAUAGGAAAGUGGACUCAGAACCCCAGUAAUCGUAAUCAUUCCUUGUUUUGUCCACCAUGUUUUAAUUGCUUUUCCAUCUUUAUACCCCUGAGCCCUAGAGACACUGCCACAUAUGCCACAAAAUCAACAUCUCCCCAUGACCUAGCCCCAUUCCUCCAUUUGCUCCCAGGUGAGAAUUCAGACAAAUGUCCACAGAGGUUACAGCACACACACGGUUCUGUUAUCUCCCAUAUAUUUCCCCUUCAUGUCCUAAGGAAGACAUUUUCUCUUAGAUUUUCAUUUUAGUAUAUCUUAAAAAAAAUCUUUGUGUUAACUUGCCUCUUUUUCUUGGGUGAUAAACACCCAAGAAUGACCCUUUUGUGUCUAUGAUGUUGCUGUUCGCAGCUUUUCUUGAUAGGCCUAUUACAAUCUUGGGAACAGGGUUGCUGUGUACUGAAGGUCUGACAGUAGCUCUUAGCCUUGCCUAUCUUAGGUAGUUAUGCUGUGCAUUUUUUUAUUGGUGUACCAUGUUUGAUUUGUCCCUGAUACCUUACAUUUGGAGUUUUUCUGAGAAAUUGAGCAGUAAUGCAGCAUUACCUUAUUAAAAUACAUUUAAGCCUUUUAA